AUGAAUCCACCGCGUUCGCAAACGCCCAUGUCCGUGGCGACGACAAACGAUUCGAUCUCCGAAACGAACUAUUCCGUUCGCUCGGGGAAUAGUUCCAAAAGCGUCCAAGUCUCUUCACUUUCCGCGGUCGAAACCGGGAUCAAAGAAGAACGAGGAGAAAGAACAAUAAACGUUUUAUCGAACGAGGAACGAUCGUGUUUCAGCAAAAUCGCGAACGGUUCGAACAGGUUCCUCUCCAAAAAGUUCCGCGCGUUUGGGUUUCGAAUCGGUUCCUAUCCGUUCCGAGUGAUUGGUUUGAGCGUCUUUUUGGCGUUGAUUUGCGCGAGCGGCGUGCACAAACUGACCAACGAAAGCAGGUCGGAAAAGUUGUGGGUCCCCGGAGAUACGCGAGCGCAAGACGAUCGGAUUUUUGUGGACGAUAACUACGGAGGCGACGCGCGGUUUGGAAGCGUGGUUCUGAAACCGAAAACUGGGACGAACGCGUUUACGCCGGAGACUUUAGACGCGUUGCACGCGUUUCGAUCGAAGAUUGAAGAGGAGGCGUUCGUGGAGUACGACGGGAAGAACAUCACGUGGGGAGGGGAUUAUUGGAUCGUGGAUGAAAACGAUGACACCGAGGAUGCGGCUGGAAUGAAGUAUUCAAAGACCGAUAAGGAGGAGUGGCAGUGUUAUCGGUACUCGAAGAGUUGCGCCAUGAGUUCUGUUUUGGGGGUGUUUGAUAACAACAAGGACAACUGGAACACGCAAGAGAAAAUCAACGCGAAGUUGAUCUCGGAUGUUCUUGGGGACGAAGAGAAUUGCCCCACCGGUAACGGGAAGAAACACCACACCCCUGGGAACGUGUGCGUUGCUGUUGGCCCGGUCAUUUACUUGAACCAAACGAGCGGUCAUCCAACUUUGACGAGCGAAGGGCAUUACACCGCCACUUCGUUGACGUUGCAGUUUCUCAUGAAGAAUUUCGAUGUCGUCAAAGAUGGCGAAAAAGAGGACAAGAGAGGCGACGCGUUCGAGGAAAAAGUAUUGGAGAUUAUUCGCGAUGUGGAGGUAAAUUACGCCUCGACGGUAUCUGUAGAAUACGCGGUCACACGUUCAUUCGGGGAUGAGUUUGGGGCCGCGAUUACCGGCGACAUCACGAAAUUGCAAAUCGCGUUCAUUUUGAUUUUAGGCUACGCAACGCUCAUGUUGAGUAAAGGUGGGGAAGGGUGCGUCGGUUCUCGAGUAUUCGUUUCUGGAAUGGGGGUCGUAUCCAUCGGAUUGGCCAUCGCUUCCAGUUACGGUUUGUGUUCUUACUUUGGGCUCUUCUAUUCGCCGUUGAUGAACGUGUUGCCGUUUCUGUUAUUGGGCAUAGGGGUGGACGAUAUGUUCGUUUUGGUCAACGCGUACGAUAACACGAACCCAUACUUAUCCAUCGCGGAAAGAUUAGGAAAUGCCAUGUCAACGGCGGGCAUGAGUAUUACCGUUACCUCGUUCACGGAUAUAUUCGCCUUCUUAAUCGGCUCGACGACGAGUUUGCCGGCGUUGAGAAACUUUUGUUUCUACGCGGCGCUUGGUAUUUUCUUCGAUUAUUUGUACCAGUUGACGUUUUUCGCAGCGUUCUUAGCCAUCGACGAACGCCGCCGAAUGCUAAAGAAAGGGGACUGCUUUUGCUGCCCAACCUGCGACGAAGGCGCGACGUGCUGCGUUCCGUGCUGCAAGCCAGCGGCGGGGGCACCGGUCGUCGUCGUCGUCAACGGCGUGCAACAGGAACAAGUUGGGCCAGAACGCAUGACGAAAAGAGUCAUGGGCGCCCUCGCAGACUUUCUCGCGAAGAAAAGCGUCAAAGCAGCCGUGCUCGUCGUAUUUGCCGGCAUCGCCGCUGGUGGUAUUCUCGGCGUCUCUAAAAUCAAGGUCGAAGCUGACGUGAUGGAUUUCUUGCCUCCCGGCUACCUGAAAGAUUGGGUAUCCACCUUUGACGACGAAUUUUCUCGAGGGCAAGGUAUCGAGCUAUACACGAUGACUGAGUUUGAUUACGCCACCGACUAUGACACUACUUCCGUGUUGAAGCAAGCGGCAGCGGCGUUCAAAGCGAACCCGUACGUCCAAGAUGAAUCCGUCGAGCCUUGGAUGGAUGCGUUUGAUACGUACCUCACGAUGUGCAAUGGGACGAGUGUCCAACCAAUGACCGAGGGUUGGAAAGCGACACACUGCGCAAUCGACGCUCCUGCAAACACGUUCAACGACAAACUGUACAAGUUUAUCACGACUCCAUCCAGUCCAGGUGGGUACGCAUACGGAUCCGACGUAAAAUUUGACACCACCACCAAUCCUCCGACGAUUAUCGCCACGCGCGUGCGCGCCACGCAAGUCGAAGGCCAAGACACCGCGGCGACCAUCAAGGCCAUGGACUCUAUCCGCUCCUCCAUCGACUCCAUUCCCGGCAACGAAAAAGGUUAUAUUUUUGCGUACAACGAAGACUUCUUGAACGUGGAACAAUACAAAUCCAUCGACAAAGAAGCCAUCCGAAAUGUCUCUUUAACCUUACUCGUCUGUUUCAUCGUCAUCGCGUUGCUCAUCGUCGACCCGCUCACGGUGUCUUGCGUCUUCAUCAACCUCCUCUUAAUCGUCAUCAAUAUCCUCGGAUACAUGCAAGCGUGGGGAUUAAACAUCGAUUCCGUCACCGUCAUCAUGCUCGUCAUCGCGCUCGGUUUAGCCGUCGAUUACAGCGCCCACAUCGGCCGAAACUUUUUGGAAAAGCACGGCCUUCCAAACGACCGCAUGAGAUUGACAUUACGAGACAUGGGCGUCGCCGUCUUCCACGGCGCCAUGAGUACCAUGGUUGCCGUGUUAGUCUUGGGUUCUUCGGACUCGUACGUCUUCACGACUUUCUUCAAGCAACUGUUCUUGUGCAUUUCAUUAGGUUUGGCGCACGGGUUAAUCUUGUUGCCGGUCUGUUUGUCUUUGUGCAAUCCGAACCCGUACGACGACUUGGAAGACGACUAUUAG